AUGGCCGUCGAAAUAAACUCUUUAGACGAUCUUUUCGAAUCCUUGAAUAAACUAGACGUUUCCGACGUAAAAGAAUUCCAUGACAGACCUACCAAAGCUACUGUUGAAUCGAACGAAAUAGAAAUUGAUGAGAUCUCGAAACGUUUCCUCAAUUUAUCCAAUGUUUUAGAUUGGAAUUUGUUAGACCUUUUACAAUCUAUGCCGGACAUGAAUACAUCAAAUGAAAUAAAACCAAAUGCAGUGAAAAAUAAUAACACAGUAUAUUCAAGUUUUCUCCAUUGCCCAGAUCCAGUAUCUAGAACAUCAUAUCAUUUCCACAGAUUGGGAAUUGACGGUAAGAUAACCAGUUAUGAGGAAAAAGUGAACAUUGAAGAUGUUGUUAAUGCAAAUUCGGCAAACUCUCUAUCCUUGACAAGAAAAAUCAACCAUCAAGGUGAUUUAAUCCGUGGUACUACAAACCAAUUACCAUUUACACCAGGUGGUUUAGGACAGGAUGUUGUGGAAACUACUUCUGAAUCUCUGCAAAUAAAUGCAGAAUCCGCAGGCAAACUACUACCAAGGGAUAAAUUUGGAUUGUUUAAUGUUCCCCCAGGAUUGGAAAGGGGUAUAGUCCCAAGAGUGGAAGCAGGCAGCAAUGACGAUGAAAAACAAUUCGAAGAAAUUGACAAACUUUCCAACCUUAACAAUAGCCAAGAGAACAAAAAGGAGGUGGAAAAAUUACGUGAACUUGAAUAUCAAAAAAUGGCAUCAACUGCUGUUGUUGAUGAAGCUUUGGGAAGUUCUGAAAUUGACAAGUUGUUGCCUGUAGAUUUAAACUUUGCGAGGCAUAUCAGAACUUUCAAUAACACUGCCGAAAAGGUUGAAUGGGCUCAUAUGGUUGAUUUAAAUAGUAAUAUGGAUAAUUUCAAUGAAUUGGUUCCAAACCCAGCAAGAACAUGGCCAUUUGAAUUAGAUACGUUUCAAAAGGAAGCAGUUUACCAUUUAGAACAGGGCGACUCUGUAUUUGUUGCUGCCCAUACAUCAGCAGGUAAGACUGUUGUUGCCGAAUACGCUAUCGCAAUGUCUAAAAGAAAUAUGACUAAAACUAUCUACACUUCACCUAUCAAAGCCUUAUCGAACCAAAAGUUCAGAGAUUUUAAAGAAGAUUUUGACGACGUCGAUGUAGGUUUAAUAACAGGGGAUGUACAAAUCAACCCAGAAGCAGACUGCUUGAUUAUGACCACCGAAAUCUUAAGAUCAAUGUUAUAUCGAGGAGCAGAUCUAAUCAGAGACGUGGAAUUUGUUAUCUUUGAUGAAGUUCAUUACGUGAAUGAUCAAACGCGUGGUGUGGUUUGGGAAGAAGUCAUUAUCAUGCUUCCUCAACAUGUUAAAUUCAUUCUACUAUCGGCUACUGUUCCGAAUACUUUCGAAUUUGCAAAUUGGGUGGGUAGAACCAAACAAAAGAACAUCUAUGUCAUAUCCACCCCUAAACGACCUGUCCCACUAGAAAUAAAUAUAUGGGCAAAAAAGAAAGUAAUACCAGUGAUAAACGAUAAAAGAGAGUUCUUACCCCAAAACUUCAGAGAACACAAGGAACUACUUACUGCCUCUUCAAUCGGGUCUUCCAAAAACUCACCUAAAAACGGCAAACCUUCUGGAAAUCAAAAAACAAUUACAAAAGGGUCUAAAGGAGUUGGUGCCAAGGGAUCUAAUAUGUCCACUUUCUAUAAAUAUGACGGUGCUUCAAAAACUACUUGGUAUGACCUACUUAAGAAUUUGAGGGCGAAUGACUUGCUUCCUGCUGUGGUCUUCGUUUUCAGUAAGAAGCGUUGUGAGGAAUAUGCUGAUUCUAUAGAAGCAGCCGAUCUUUUAACGGCUAAAGAGAGAUCAGCUAUUCAUAUAUUCAUUGAAAAAUCCAUCUCUAGAUUAAGAAAGGAUGACAGAGAACUCCCACAAAUAACGAAAAUUAGAUCACUUUUAUCUCGAGGGAUUGCUGUCCACCAUGGUGGCCUUUUGCCCAUAGUUAAAGAACUAAUAGAAAUUUUAUUUGCUAAAGGUUUCGUGAAACUCUUGUUCGCAACAGAAACUUUCGCAAUGGGCCUAAACUUACCAACAAGGACUGUUGUAUUUAGCGAAAUACAAAAGCAUGAUGGAGAAAAGAAGCGGUACCUCCUCCCGGGUGAAUUCACCCAAAUGGCUGGUAGAGCAGGACGUAGAGGUAAAGAUAAAACAGGUACUGUCAUAGUUAUGUCCUAUUCUAGACCGAUCGAUGAGGCCUCAUUUAAAGAUGUGAGUUUAGGCGUUCCAACACGCUUACAAUCGCAGUUCAGGUUGACCUACAACAUGAUUUUAAAUCUAUUAAGGAUUGAGGCAUUAAGAGUUGAAGAAAUGAUCAAGUUUUCUUUCAGUGAAAACAGCAAAGAAACAUUGAAGCCUGAGCAAGAGAAGGAGAUUAAAGAAUUACAGAGUAAAGUGGAUUCAAUAGAUAUCAGCGAGUUUUCGGAGGAGACUGUCAAAGAAUAUGAAUCAGUUCAUAAUUUGUUGACAGGAUAUCGUCAAGCUUGCGUAGACAUUAUAUCUGAGAUAGAUGAAAGCAGGGAAUUAGGAAAGAGACUAUCCCGUGGACGCUUCAUUUUCUAUAGAAAGAAUGAUGGAAAUCCUGUCUUAGGUUUAGUGACGAGAAUCGAUCCACCGAACGGUGUUUGUACUGUUCUGAGAUUGACAAAACCUAUGCUACUUCACAAUGAAAAGAUCAAUCGCUUACCUGUAUUGUCAUUCUUCGUGCAAUACUCCCAUUUACAUUUGUCUACGUUUGGCAACACUCGUAAAAUGCUUGACCUUGAAAUAGAAGAGAUUCCAAUUUUCGAUAUAGAGAUCAUCUCCAAAUUUGCAUUCGCAGAAUUCAAUAAUAAGCUCUCAAACGCUGACAAAAAUGAACUUGAGACUUUGAUAGUUGAAUUCAUAUGUUAUGUUUCCAGGACCGUCAGAAAGCUAAUGAGGUCAGUAUUGCUGCAAACCCUUCUUUAA